UCCCUUCGCUGAAGUCGUCUCCUUGCAGUCGCGAAUCUGGGGUGAUUUACGCGGAUCGCGAGAGCCUUGAGGAGUCGAUUGCACUCGAUUCACGGCUGUUCACGCGAGCGCGUGGAUAAUCUUGCCAUUAAUCGAGUAAACGCGGUGUUUACGAGCUGUUGUUUGGGGCUUUGUCAGGUGCAUUUGGCAGAAGUUGGGGGAUUUACUGGGACUCGAGAGGUGGGAGACAGAUUUAUCGGAGAGCUCGCAGGAUUUUUGCGGGGGGCAGCGAGCUUUUGCGGCGUGAAUGUGCAGUUUUGGGGGGAUUAAUAACGUGGGGUUUGUGCAUCAUUUUUUAUCUCGAAUGAUAUAAGGAAUUCGGAACUCGUGGAGAGGGAUCAACGAAUUUUAUGCAGUCGAAGAAGUAUAAGGAUGCAAUGAGUGAUGAGAGCAGUGGAAGUGACUUCGAUGACGACGAGGAUCCCGAUAAAAUCGAGGUUCCUGGCGGGGGGAAGGACCUGGCUACUGCUGCUGGCAUCAAGGAGGAGAUUGCUGGGGAUGCUGGAGGGACUCCAGGGGUUAAGGUCGAGGGAAAUCCUGGUGUGAAUCCAAAAAUGUCAUCAAAAAUUCCUGGUGGCCUGGUAACGAAACCCGCGACCCCAGGGUACGAAAUGGUGAGGGUUGGUGGAUCCCAGGGGGCUCCCCAGGGUUUCCCCAAUCAAGCACAACUCAAUCAAAUGGCUCAGUUCGGCGGUGGAGCUGGUAUGCCAUUCGGUAAUUUUCCUCCCGGUCUCGGAUUCAACGCAGCUGCACUGUUCCAACAGAUGGGCAAUUUCAUGGGCAGCUUCAUGGGUAUGUCUGAUAUGAACAUGGGCGCCAAUCCAUUCCUACAGCUCUUGAAUCAAAGUGGGCUUCAUCCGAAUUGGGCUGCUGGACUGCCAGGAAAAGCAGUCUCCCAGCUGUGGAUGAACUCGGCAGACCCCACGAAGAUGAUGCAGCCGACAAUUCCCGAGGAAGACGAGGCCGACGACGAGGAGAUGGGUGUGGCCGAGACCUACGCCGACUACAUGCCCACAAAGUUGAAACUAGGUCGCAAGCACCCAGACCCAGUGGUCGAAACGGCCUCCCUGUCGAGUGUGGAGCCAACUGACGUCUGGUACAAGGUGUCCCUGCCCGAGGAGACGAUAAAAUCGGGUGCCCUGUCGGCUCUCCAACUCGAGUCCAUCACCUACGCCUCCCAGCAGCACGAGCACCUCCUCCCAGACGGCAGUCGAGCGGGUUUCCUCAUCGGCGAUGGAGCUGGUGUGGGCAAGGGCCGAACAAUCGCCGGAAUAAUCUUCGAGAACUACCAGAAGGGCCGGAAACGCGCCAUCUGGGUGUCAGUCUCCAACGAUCUCAAGUACGACGCUGAACGAGACCUGAAGGACAUUGGGGCGGGCAAAAUCGACGUUCACCCCCUCAACAAAUUCAAAUAUGCCAAGAUAUCGUCAGCUGUCAAUGGAAAUGUCAAGAAGGGGGUGAUCUUCAGUACCUACUCAGCAUUGAUCGGUGAAUCCACUCAGUCAGGUGGUAAAUACAAAAGUCGAUUGAAGCAGCUGCUCCAGUGGUGCGGAGAGGACUUCGACGGCCUCAUAAUCUUCGACGAGUGUCAUCGAGCCAAGAACCUCUGCCCCACGGGCAGCUCCAAGCCCACGAAGACAGGUCUCACAGUCUUGGAGCUUCAGAACAAGUUGCCAAAGGCACGAGUGGUGUACGCCAGUGCGACAGGCGCCUCAGAGCCCAGGAACAUGGCUUACAUGGUGCGCCUGGGGAUCUGGGGUGAGGGCACGCCAUUCCCAGAGUUCAACGACUUCAUAGCGGCCGUUGAGAAACGAGGGGUGGGGGCUAUGGAGAUCGUCGCCAUGGACAUGAAACUGAGGGGAAUGUACAUCGCUCGACAGCUGAGUUUUCACGGUGUUGCUUUCAAAAUUGAAGAGGUACCUCUCUCCAAGGACUUCACCAAGGUCUACGAUCACUCGGUUAGGCUGUGGGUGGACGCCAUGCAGAGGUUUCACGAGGCUGCUGAGCUGAUUGACGCUGAGAACCGUAUGAAGAAGACGAUGUGGGGACAGUUCUGGUCGUCGCAUCAACGGUUCUUCAAGUAUCUCUGCAUCGCUGCUAAGGUGAAGCAUGCAGUUGCAGUUGCUCGUGAAGCAGUGAAAUGUGGCAAAUGCGUUGUGAUCGGGCUGCAGUCAACCGGAGAAGCUCGAACCCUGGAGCAGCUAGAAAGAGACGACGGUGAGCUGAGUGAUUUCGUGUCGACAGCCAAGGGAGUGCUCCAGACCCUAGUGGAGAAGCACUUUCCAGCGCCCGAUCGCAACAGAAUCCACAGACUCCUGGGUCUCGAGCCCCCGAAAACAGCAGUGAAUAACAACGCCCUGGCGACUGGCUCCAGCACAUCCCUCUGCGACGACAACUCAGUCGUUCUCCCUGGUGGUAGCAAACGAAAGCCCGUUCGUCAGGCCGCCCAGAGGGCCUCGAAGAAGGUUCGUGCCUGGUCCUCAGAGGAAGAGAUCACCGAUGAAGACAAGACAGAGGGCAAUGGCAACGGUGGCCACAGCUCGGGCUCAGAGUUCAAACUCUCAGGGAGUGAGAGCGACGAGGAGAACAGAUCCGACGAGGAGAGCAACGUCAGCUCUGACUUUAAUCCCUUCUACAGUGACAGUGACUCCGACGCUGACCCCUGGGACAGGAGGAAGAAGAAGCCCGGUAGGAAGGCCAAGAAACCAGCGAAGAAGAGGCUCAGCACUCAGGACAAAAUUCAGUCGAUGCUUGCAGAGAAGACAGCAGCAGCCGCUGCAGCCCAGAAGCACAGUAAAAAGAAUGGCGAUUCUGGUGGUCUGGGUCUCAACAUAAACAGCAUUCCCCCAGGUAUGCAUUAUCCUGGAAUGAAGCCGAGCAACAGUGCACCUCCCAGAGAUGCAAUUGAGCGUGCCUGCUGCAUGAAGGAGGAGUUGCUGGCGCAGAUCGAGGCUCUCGGGGAGAAAUUGCCCCCCAACACCCUGGACCAGCUGAUCGAUGAGCUCGGGGGUCCUGAGAACGUCGCAGAGAUGACAGGGAGAAAGGGACGAGUCGUUCAGACUGAGGACGGUUCGAUUCAGUACGAGUCACGCUCGGAAGUUGAUGUUCCCCUUGAGACACUCAAUUUAACCGAGAAACAGCGGUUUAUGGACGGUGAGAAGACCGUUGCCAUUAUAUCCGAGGCUGCCAGCAGUGGUAUAUCACUCCAGAGUGACAGACGUGCUCGCAAUCAGAUGCGCAGAGUUCACAUCACCCUGGAAUUGCCCUGGAGUGCUGACAGGGCUAUUCAGCAGUUUGGAAGGACUCAUCGUUCGAAUCAAGUCAAUGCACCUGAGUACAUAUUUUUGAUAUCUGAUCUGGCUGGGGAGAGGCGUUUUGCGUCUACUGUUGCCAAGAGACUGGAGAGUCUUGGGGCUCUCACGCAUGGGGACAGGAGGGCCACGGAGACCAGAGACUUGUCGCAGUUUAAUAUUGAUAAUAAGUAUGGGAGGGCCGCUUUGGAGGCCACCAUGAAGACCAUCAUGGGGUAUGAGCCACCGCUGGUACCACCACCUCAGGACUAUCGUGGGGACUUCUUCAAGGAUGUGGCUGAUGCUCUGGUGGGGGUGGGACUCAUUUGCAACAGCGAGAACAUGCCUGGGGUUCUUUCACUGGAUAAGGAUUACAAUAAUAUGUCCAAGUUCUUGAAUAGAAUACUGGGGAUGCCUGUCGAUCUGCAGAAUCGUCUGUUUAAGUACUUCACUGAUACGCUGGCUGCCAUUGUCACGCAGGCCAAGAAGACUGGGAGGUUUGACAUGGGGAUAUUGGAUCUGGGGACCUCUGGGGAGAAUGUCAAGAGGGUAAAGACGUUUAGGUUCAUGAGGAAGCAUUCCACUGGUACUGCUCCCACUGAGCUUCAUGUUGUUCAUGUGGAGAGGGGAAUGGCUUGGUCCGAGGCCACUGACAAGUGGGCUGAACUCGUUGGAUCCAAGGAGGGAUUCUAUCUCAGUCAUCAAGUGAGGAAUGGAAAGCAGACGGCCAUUCUUGCGGUUGCUGUGGAGAAUGGGAAGAAGAAGGGCGAGGGGAAGAAGGAUCAGUUGUACAUGGUUUACAGGCCCAAUACUGGGCUGCAGUUGAGGCAGGAGAGCCUCGGGGAACUUGAGAAAAAGUACAAGAAGGUGUCCUCUGAUGAGGCCGAGCCACACUGGAGCCAGCAGUUUGAGGCCUCUGUUGAUACGUGCUCGCAUGCUUAUUGGAGGGGAAAUUGUAAGAAUGUUACGCUCGGGAUGGACUGCGAGGUGGGACUGCGACGACGAUCUUAUAAUGUUCUUGCUGGGUCGGUACUCAGUGUUUGGAGUAGGGUGGAGUCUAUACUUGCUGCACGUUCUGGUCAUAAUUCUAAAAUGCAAGUUAUACGGUUGAGGACUGAUGAUGGCUUGAAAGUCGUUGGUACAUUAAUUCCAAAAGCCUGCAUGGAGGCACUACGUCAGGCCCUAUCAUCAGACGCUGAGAAAACUGAAGAGCAGAGUUUUUAACCAACAAUUGUCUCAACAGCAAAGCCAACUUCAAUUACUAAAUUAAGUUAUUAAAUCGAAUUACUUUGUCCACAUGAUAGAGAAACAUAGGGUGAAAAAAAAUGUGGAAUUUGUAUGAAUGAAUACUUUUUUUGAGUUAUAUCCGCAUUGUCCUACUUACGUGAAUUUCAACAUGGAGACUGCCUACGUGAACAAUCGAGUGGAAAUUCAUUGAGAAGCAUCGUUAAUUAAUGAUACAGCUUCACUCGGAACGAAUGAGAGAAAAGGGAAAUGGGGGGAAAGAAUACCGAUAAAAAUUCAUGGAUAAAAAGUAAAGAGUAAUAAUCGCGCGUUGCUUCCCGUGAUAGACUAAGUAGUUAGAGGCCCUUAUGAACAUUAUUUUUACUUUUCUUCGAGAAGACGCUCACACCAGCGCGCGCGACUGGUAUCGAUAAGUUCAUUUUAUACAUAAUUAUAUAAAUGAAGAACUCUUUCUCAAAGAGGAGAAAAACAAAAAUGCAGCAAUUUUAUGAUUUUUCUUUCUUCAUUAACCGAUUUAUGUGCGGCAAUAGCAGUGAUAUUUUGACGUACUCAAUUGACGAAAAAAAUGGAAAUUACGUAGUCGCAUUAUCGGAGGACAUUGUUUUUUUUUAUUGUAAACUAUUUUAUAUUAACGAAUAUUUCACUUAUUUCGAUGAAAUACCGAUAGUUAACAGUCUUAAGUAUUAUCAUCAACUGUUGCUUGGUGAAAAGAACAAUUAUCACUACGAUUUAAACUCCACAAUGAUUCGUCUUAUUUUCGGUGGUGUAGUUGAAUCCGAUGGGCACUUAAUGGUAUAUUUGUUGUAACAAAUUGUCAUUCUAUAUGAACUGUGUAGCAAUUUUCCUAUUAGCAAUAUGAGUGAACGACUUUCGGGUUUACGCUCAAUUCGACCCUACAUUUGUAUUCAAGAAGGAAAAUAUUAAAGAGAAGGAAAUGAAUCUGGUGUAAAUGCAUUGUGUGUGGUAGAGGGCUUUAGUUCAAUUCAGUUAUUCUUAUGAUGGAGUGAGGACCGGUUGCAUCAUUCUCUGGUGGUUCAUCCAACUAAUAUCACAAAUCAUUAAAAUGAAAUACUUUUCAAUAAGUUGUCUAAUUGUAACGAAAAAACACGGAAGUAUUUAUAAUUUAGUGAACCUCAAGACAACUUCAAACAAAUUUGACAAUGUUAACAUUUUGGUGUUCAUAAGAGAUGAUUUUUUAAUAUUAUGACGUUUAUCAUAUGACAUUUACGAUAAAAGUACUCAAAAUUUAAUUUUAAAUUCAUUCGAUUGCUGUCUCCAAUUCAUGGAAUUAAGUCUUGGAAAUUGAAACACGUGGAAAUAGUAGAUUUUGAUGCAACAUGUCUAAAAAAUAGUCUGUGGCUCCUGUGAAAUGUUCACGAAACUGCAACAUGUAACGUCUGUAUACGAUACCUAAGGCAUAAAAAUUUAAGACUACCGAUUAACCGGAAAUUAAGCAUGAUUUCACGAGAAUACGCACUGCAAGACGUAGAACAUAUCCCAUAAAUGUAGAAUAUGUUUUUUUCGAAUGAGAAAUUAUUCAUGAAAUGAAUGAAAAGCUGAUGCUUGACAUUUUCGCUUUUUUGAGGUUUCAAAUCUUCAAUAAUUGAGGAUUCAAUGUAACUUAUUCUGUGCCCAAUUGCCAAAGCUUCUUACCUUUAGCAUUGUCUAUGUUAUUGACAAUAAUGCUCCUGUUAAUAAAGUGACAGAAUUUCGGAUACGUGAUAGAUAAUUUUUUGCCCACACCUCACGACUCUUGUCCGGAUAAAUCACAUGGAUUGUGGAAUCAGAGCAGAAUAUCUCCAAUUUUGAAGAUAUGAAACACGUGUCAGGAGGAUGAAAGUGUUGAGUGAUGAUACACAGUUGAGAGAAAUUUUAAUUUAUUACCUACUAGACGUAAGAAAUAACUCUUUAAAUGUGUAUUCAUUACACAGAUGUAACUAAAUACAAAUUCAACUCCCUAGAACCUCAGUUGUCGCCCUGUACUAGAUGCAAUCCUGUAAAAACUGUCCGCACGUUCAUCAUCAAUGAUUUUUAUUCAGUAUUUUAUCCACAACUAAACAGCCAACGACAUUAUUGAAAUUGCCCUUAAAUCUAAUUUUUUCAGAUUCAUUUUUCAAUCUUCAAUAACUGGAGAUUGCCCGGGUGAAUUCCACGAUUUUUUUUCCAAUUCCGAAGAAUUUUUUACGUUUGAAAAUGAGAUUCGACUCGUUGAAAUUGUAUUUCAAUUCAGGUUUGGGUUUUGUAUUUGGGGAAGAUAUGGAAAAACCUGAGCUAUCAAUGAACAUUGGAAUCAAUUCGGUGUAUAUACAAGGAUAUAAAAUUUUCAGUGGAAUCCUAAAAUAUAUUUACAGUCCUCCUCUCUCGUAAAGAAUUUAAUUUUCAUUGUGGUAUCACUUGAAUAACAGGGGUGGGGCAGAAUGGCGUCUUCAGACAUUUUUUAAAUAUUCAUGACUCAGAAGUAAAGAGAAAGAAGUGGACUCUUCAAGAAAAGCAAAAAUCAUUCCAUUUCAUCGACAAUUGAAUGUUUUAAAACGGAAAAAAAAAAUUCUGAAGUCUCCAUUUUGCCCCCUUGUUGCAUCUUCAAUUUCACAUGCACCCUCUGGACUCCAUAAAUUGGUCAAUAAUCAUUAAUUUAAUAAUAAAUUCCCUCGCUGUUAUCACCGCAUGGAGUAAAUGAAAGCUCGAAUAUAAAAAAUAUUUUAUCGACUGAAAUGCAAAGAUGUUCGACUCAGUGAAAGGCAUAGAGGAGCAUCAGGAAAGUGCAGAAUCCAAUGACAAGACCGAGGAGCAACGAGUCCCGUCGUUUGCGCAAAUUAAUUCGUUGUAUGAGACUAUUAACUGCUGGAAAUCGAUUUGAAAUAUCGUUGAAUCUUGUUUGAAUGCGUUUGAAGGCGUGACGCUGGGACAUGAGAUUGUCUCGUGUCUCCAUGGCGAUGUUGAUUUGAUCGGUUAUCAAACGAUCCGAACUGGAAUUCAAAUAGAACGAUUGAGUGAGCUAUUUAUUAGUGAGUAGAUGAGGUAGUAAAUUUCUUUUUUUAGGUAUUAUGGAGUCGUACUUAUGUAUGUGUUGAUUCUCCUUCAAAUACAUGUCUCUUCUGUUCAA